GUUGGCUGGAGUACUGCUCGUGACUACUACACGUUCCUGUGGUCACCUCUUCCAGACAACUAUACUGAGGGAACUGCAGUUAACAGAUCUGUGGUCUUCCAAGGUUACUAUGUCCCAAAUGAUGAUGGCGAGUUCUACCAGUUCUGCUAUGUGACGCAUAAGGGAGAGAUCCGUGGAGCCAGCACUCCAUUCCAGUUCCGUGCCAACAGCCCCACAGAGGAAGAACUCAUGACAAUGGAGGAUGAAGGUGGAUCGGAUAUCCUGGUUGUCACCACCAAGGCCAGUUACCUGGAGCAAAAAAUUGAGCAAAUUCAACAGGAAAAGAAGGAGCUCUUGGACAACCUGGACCUGCUGCAGAAAGAGAGGGAAGAACUGAUUGAGGAGAAGAACAAACUACAAAAAGAAUAUGAGCAGGAGCAAGAGGGCAGCACUCAGCUCAGAAAAGAAGUGCAGGAGUUACAUCUCUCUGCCCAGAGCUUGCAGGAGGAGAGAGAAGUGGUGAAAAGAAGAAUGGAGGAGAGUACUGCCCGACUGUUGCAGUUAGAGGAAGAUCUGAUUGGAGUCACCCAGAAAGGCCUACAGAAGGAGACUGAACUGGACUGCCUGAAGGAUCGAGUGAAGAAGUUGACCUUGGAGAAAGAGGCUCUUGAGUGUCAACUGAAGAAUGAGAAAGAUGAGAAGGAGCUUUAUAAGAUUCACCUGAAGAACCGGGAGCUGGAAAACACUAAGCUGAGUACCGAACUGCAGAUGCUGAAGUCAGUGGAUGUGAAUAAGGAGAACACCAUUGCUCAGUUGAAGGAGGAGCUCACCAGAUUCAAAGCAUGUCUGGCAGAGAAAGACAAACAGCACCACCAGCUACUGGCCAACAGUUCACCCUCGAAGGAUUGCCAGGCUCUUAGGGAGCAGCUCAGGCGGAAAGAAGAACAGUUGCGUGACUAUUCCAGCGCCCAUGACAAAAGCAUGGCUGAGCUUUACCGUGUCCGUCUGGAGGUUGAGUCAUUCAAAAAGGGCCAGGCAGAGGCCCAAGCUGAGUGCAGCCACCUGGAAAAGCAGCUAGAAGAAAUGAAAAUGUCAACCCAGCAGAAGGCGUGUGAGGAACAAGUAAAACAGCAUUGCUCUGAAAACAUGGAGAACACCAUUGCUCAGCUGAAAGAGGAGCUCACAAGAGUCAAUGCCUGUCUGGCAGAUAAAGACAAACAGCAUCGCCAGCUACUGGCCAGCAGUUCACCAAUGGGGGAAAGUAAAGCUCUUCGGGAGCAGCUCAGGCAGAAAGAGGAACAGUUGCAGGCUACGCAGCAGCAGGUGAACAUGCUGUCAGCUGAGCUGCGUGACUCUUCUAACGCUCGUGACAGAAGCAUGUCUGAGCUUUAUCGUGUCCGUCUGGAGGCUGAAUCCUUAAAGAAGGGACAGGCUGAAGCCUGCACUGAGUGCAGCCACCUGGAAAAGCAGCUGGAGGAGAUGAAAAACUCAACCCAGCAGGAGGCGUGUAAGGAAUUAGAAGGGUCUACUGUAACUGAACUGCAAAAGGAGGUUGAAGAUCUACGGCUCAGACUGCAGAUGGCUGCUGAACACUAUAAAGACAAAUAUAAGGAAUGCCAGAAGCUACAGAAACAAGUGACCAAGCUCAGUGAACAGCAAGGAGUGAAGAGAAGUCCGGGAUCUGAAACAGCAACUGGUUCUUUGUCUGCCAGUCCAGAAUCAUCUGCACCAGGAAGCCCAGGUACAUCAGAUGCAGUGCUAGAUGCCAUCAUCCAGUGCAAGCUGAAAACAGCAAGCAAGGAGCCAGACAAAAAUGACAAAUACCGAAAAUGCAAGCAGAUGCUUAGUGAGGAGAGAGAGCGUUGCAGCAUGAUGACCGAUGAUCUCACAAAGAUGGAGGUGAAACUGAAGGAGCAGAUAAAGACCAAUGAGAGUCUGAGAAUGCAGCUGGCUGCUGAGGAGGAUCGUUAUAAGAGCCAGAUAGCAGAGAAAGGCCGGGAACUGAAGGAGCUGAAGGACAGUCUUGUUGCGUUGACCAAAGAAAAAGAGAAACUGGAAGGGGAGUUGCAGAGGAGUGUCAGCAGGGAGGAAGAAAAUGGAAAGAAAGAUGGCAACCUGGAUGUGCAGUCAGUUUUCUUGCAGUACCCCAUGCCUUACCCUCAGGAUGACCCAUCUCCCCUGCUGGUGCCACAGCGCCCAGCUGAUCUGAUGUUUGGGAACCCAUACUCUUCUACUGACUCCAGGGAUGGAGCCGAUGGAGAGUUCUCUGAUGACCAGAUGCCCCGACUGCCCCCUGUUGGGCCUCCAUCCUGGGACAGCAAUGUGGUCUGCAUACAGCCUUCCCGUAACCUCAGUCGCCCUGAUGGACUGGAGGAACCAGAAGAGCCACAAACCACUGUGAGUUAAUAACAGCUGCCUCCGCAUUAGAGG